AUGGCAUUGGUCAGCACAUUGGUCACCACGUUGGUCACCACCUUGAUCAGCACUUUGGUCACCACAUUGGUCACCGCUUUGGUCAGCACAUUGGUCAUGGCAUUGGUCAACACGUUGGUCAACACUUUGGUCAGCACUUUGGUCAUGGCAUUGGUCAGCACCUUGGUCAACACGUUGAUCAGCACAUUGGUCAACACGUUGGUCAACACGUUGGUCACCACGUUGGUCAACACCUUGGUCAACACUUUGGGCAGCACAUUGGUCAUGGCAUUGAUACCGCACCCUGUGGAACGGCCGGAUGCGGAAGUAGAUCAUGGCGCAGAUGACGACGAUGAUGAGGGCGAAGGGGACGAUGGCGGAGUGAUCAGCGGAAUUUGGGUUAAGAAUGUUUGCGCCAACAAAUUGCGGAUAUUAGCUGUAGAACGCGAUGCAGAAGGGUAUCUUGCGUACGAGGAAAUCGCGGAUGUUGCGGCCCACCGGGAAGCGGAAGAUGCACAGGUCGAGCAGGAUGAUGGCGACGAUGACAGCAACGACGACGGCGGCGAUGGCGGAGUAGGGAGGGGGGGAACUAGUUACUUUACUGCUCAUAUACCGCACCCUGUGGAACGGCCGGAUGCGGAAGUAGAUCAUGACGCAGACGACAAUGACGAUGAGGGCGACGGGGACGAUGAUGUAAGGGGCGGGGGAGGAGGUGGAGGAAGAGGGGCUGGUGGAAAGCUGCGCAGCGGAGGUGUGCUGAUGAGUGGAGGAGGAGGAACCGGAGGAAGAAGUGGUGGAAGUAGAGGAAACAACUCCACGAUCGGCGAGGUAUAUGGUAGCUUGUUUGCUUCUUCGACAUAA